UAACUCAUCGCUCAGAAAAUGACGAGAUAAUUUUAUUGACUUGAACCCGCUAAUUUCUUGUUUCUGGUAAGUGGAAGUUUGAUGCAAUUAUUACCUAUGCUAUGGUGGGCACUUCUUGACCAUAGCUCGAGGUGACAUUUGUGCCUAAAGGCCGAGGCAACGAAGCAAGCUUUCUCAUUUAGUCAGUCGGUACGACUGUAAACUUGUUCAGUUCAAGAGGAGACCUCAUAGGCAUAACACGUUUUUUCAAUAAAAUUUUUUGGAAUUACUACCUUUAUUAUAGGAUAAAAAGUUAGCUUCAGGCUUGUGCUUGGCCAUUCGUUCGGCAGCAGUCGGUGAUCGGAGGUUGGCGGGAGCUUCCUCAUGCUGCCCUCAUUAACAUGGGAGCAGGCAAUGCCAAGGGGCUUCGUAAGAGCGCUUCUGCUGACGAUGUCGACGAUAGAUCGGUGACCAGCGACGGCCAAUGGAACGAAGGCAGAAAGCAUAAGAAUGACAGUCCGGCUCCACAAGCUCUGAAUGAACAUCAACGCUCGAAAUCGUUUGACUUGCCCGCUUCCUUCAACACGAGUGCACUGCAGGUGGUGAAGGAGGACGAAGAUCAACCGAAAAAGGAGGUCAAGAAAGGGUUCUUCAACUUUCGCUCGAGAGAAAAAGAAGGAAGCAAGUCAGAGGACGAUGACAAUGACUCCGAUUCCGAGGCGAAGGAGAGCGGCGGCAAUCGCCGCUUCAAAAUAUUCGGCCACCGCAAGAAGAUCAGCAAGGCGCAGAAAGACGAAAAACUGGACAGUGAUAUUAACGAUCUCGAGAAGACUUUUGAUUCCCUUGGGAUCGUUGGUAAGGACGCCACUAAAGAUGGCGGCGGCAACAAAUCGAGCAUGAGAAGCAAAGACGACCUGGAGGCGUUAGAGCCCAUGAGGAACAGAAUGAAUGUUCGCAUCUCGCGUCCCGUGCGUGAGCUCAACGGAGUGACGACUGCCAGAGACAUGUACGGGCGGAGAGGUUCUGACUCCACCAGCGGUAGCAACAAUGGACGUAAGAAGUUUAAUUAUUCAUGGGAGAAUGAUGAAGAAAAUGCUGCGCCGGUGAGGCAAGACGAGUGGAUCUAUCAGGCGGUCCGCAUCGAAGGUUUCGAUGUCAGCAAAUUCAAGCAAGUGAACAUGCAGGGCGCCAUGGAGAUGAACAUGAAGGGCAGCAUCUCAGCGCCUGUCAGUGGGAGCGGCGCGUACUCCGCACGUCCCCCAUCGUCGCCGCUCUACGACGCAGACGACCACAACAUCCUGCAGAGCAUCGAGCGCGCCCUCGAGUGACGGAAGGCCGGCGCCUUGGAGUGAGGACGAACGACUGUGCUCGCAAGCGCUGGAGUGACGGCACUCUAGCUGGCGGUGAAAGAGCAGAGUGUCAGAGACCAACAAUCUCCUUCGGCCUCAGGGUGACUCGUGUAACGCACUGAGAAUUGUGCGGUGACCAAUCCUCCCGCCCUUAGGCCGCUACGGGGUGACAAGUAACACACAGCGCUCUGACUCUGGGUUGCCGCUACUCUCUAUAUAGGCACAGAGUUGUUGGUGGUACCCAGAUCGUCUUGACAGAAGAGCUGCGAUAGAGCAGAGUGUCGUCUUGACAGAAGAAGAGCUCUCCUCUACUCUGUAAAUCUCGCUCGCAUUCGCAAGUUUGUCCAAUGUCACCUCAUACCAUUAUAAUCCUAAUGGCUACACAACCGUUUAAAUAUAUGGAUUAAAAUAUAUGAUCCUGUAACCGUAUGCAUAUCAUAUUCCACGCCAUGGCCUCGUAAAUAAGACCUUCUCACGUUAUUUAACCCUCUACCGCCAUAUGUCACUCUCCGGGAACAUAACUUUCA